AUGAAUGAGAAACGUGUAAGUCUUAUUAUCAACAUUUUCACUUUUAUGCCUUCACAAUGCGGUGAUGUGUUGGAAGAAGAAUUUCCUUUGCUGCUUCUGCCUCAGAAAAAUAAAUCACAAAUCGACGACUCCGAUCGAAGGAGGAAUGAGCAACAUAGAAACAUGAGAGCAGCAAAAAAAUAUUAUUGUAUUAGGAAUAUUAGGAAAAUGUAUUUAUUUUGGUGCAUCACAUGGCUGCUGCUAUUAUUUGGCAGUCAUCAAGUACAUGCUGAGGAAUAUGUACAUGAAAUUGAAGUCUCAGAGGGUGUUCCAAUAGGCCAUCAAAUAGGAUUUAUUGGUGAUAUACCGCAAGCAGUUGGUCCACCAUAUUUUAUUGUGCCAGUGCCUGGAAGUUCGGUCGAUUCCGCACUUUCAAUUGACUAUACGACCGGUGAGAUACGUACAAAAGCGUUACUUGAUCGAGAGACUAUAGACUCAUAUUCAUUUGUUGCCAUAUUAUCUAAUGGCACGCAAAUUCGUGUAAUUGUAAAAGUACUCGAUGAGAAUGAUAAUGCACCCGUCUUUCCCACGCCUGUUAUGAAUAUUGAAUUUCCGGAAAACACACCGCGUGACGUUAAACGUACUUUAAAUCCCGCGAGAGACUUAGAUUUGGGUCGUUACAAUACCCAACGUUAUAAUAUCGUGUCGGGCAAUGUGAAUAACGCAUUUCGUCUAUCCUCACAUUUAGAACGCGAUGGUGUAUUAUAUCUUGAUUUACAAAUCAAUGGAUUUCUCGAUCGUGAAACAACGCCUGCAUAUAGUUUAGUAAUUGAGGCCUUGGAUGGUGGCACUCCUCCACUACGUGGACAGAUGACUGUAAAUAUAACAAUCAUAGAUGUAAAUGACAAUCAGCCGCUGUUUAAUCAAAGUCGAUAUUUUGCAACAAUACCAGAGAAUGCAACACUUGGUACAAGUGUAUUACAAGUCUAUGCAACUGAUACAGAUGCCGGUGAGAAUGGCAUGAUAGAAUAUUCAAUAAAUCGACGACAAAGUGACAAAGAACAAAUGUUCAGAAUCGAUGCACAUACAGGAUUAAUAUCAAUAAAUAAAGCACUCGAUUUCGAAUCGAAAGAAUUACACGAGCUUGUUGUCGUGGCAAAAGAUAAUGGUGUACAGCCACUCGAGACAACAACAUUUGUAUCGAUUCGUGUCACAGAUGUAAAUGACAAUCAACCUGUCAUCAAUGUUAUCUUUUUGAGUGAUGACGCGACACCUAAAAUCUCUGAAUCAGCACAACCCGGCGAAUUUGUUGCCCGAAUCUCAGUCAAUGAUCCCGACUCAAAGACCGAAUAUUCAAAUGUCAAUGUAACAUUGAAUGGAGGCGAUGGACAUUUUGGAUUGACUACUAGAGAUAACAUUAUUUAUUUGGUUAUCGUUGCGUUGCCAUUGGAUCGUGAAGUACAGCCAAAUUAUACGUUGAAUGUUAUUGCAACAGAUACAGGAAAUCCACCUCUUCAUGCAUCGAAGACAAUAUAUCUUCGUGUAACUGAUAUAAAUGAUAAUGUACCACAAUUUGAGCAAGAGAUUUAUCAAGCAAAUGUAAUGGAAGUCGCCGAUCCGGGCACAUCUGUUGUUCAAGUCGUUGCCAUUGAUCAAGACGAAGGCAAUAAUUCGGCUAUAAUUUAUUCUCUUAUCGACACCCCCAAUACACAUUCACAUUGGUUUCAAAUUGAUAUCCAUUCAGGCUUAAUUACAACACGAUCACAUAUCGAUUGCGAAACCGAACCAGUUCCAAAAUUAACGAUAAUGGCUAAAGAUAAUGGCCAUCCUCAAUUAUCAUCAACAGCAACAGUUUUAGUCACGGUUCAUGACGUAAACGAUAACGAACCAAUUUUCGAUCAGAGCUUUUAUAAUGUAUCAGUAGCUGAGAAUGAGGCUAAAGGUCGCUGCAUAUUAAAGGUUUCAGCAACUGAUCUCGACUGUGGUGUAAAUGCCAUUGUAAACUAUACCCUUGGGGAGGGCAUGAAGAAGCUAAGCGAUUUUGAAAUUCGAUCAGACACUGGAGAAGUGUGUAUUUCAGGCGAUUUAGAUUAUGAAACGAGAAAUUCUUAUGAGUUUCCGAUCAUCGCAACAGAUAGAGGUGGCUUGAGUACAACGGCAAUAGUUAAAAUACAAGUUACAGAUCUCAAUGACAAUAGACCAAUUUUUUACCCACGCGAAUACAAUGUGUCAUUAAGAGAGUCAUCGCCAACAUCAGAAUCUGUUGUAGUCAUUGCGGCAAGUGAUCCCGAUUCAGGACGCUUUGGCACCGUUACAUAUCGAAUUGUUGCUGGCAAUGAUGCAGGAAUAUUUCGCAUUGAUCGUGGAAGUGGCGAAAUAUUUGUUGCACGUCCAAAUAUGCUGUCGAGUCGAAAUCAGCCAUAUCAUCGUCUCAACAUCUCGGCAAUUGACGGUGGUGGCUUGAGAACAGCACAAGAUGCAGAAGUCUUUAUCAGCAUCAUUGACUCAUCACAACGUCCACCAAUAUUCGAUCACACACGUUACAACUUUUCCGUACGCGAAGAUGCAAAACGAAAUACAAUCAUUGGAUCUGUAUCUGCAACAUCUAGCAAUUCAGGAAGCCGCGGUGCUGUUCGUUAUUCUAUCUAUUCGGGUGAUCCGAAUGCAUUCUUUAACAUUGAUCCAGUGACGGGAAACAUACGAGUGGCUAAUUUGCUCGAUCACGAGACAAAAUCUCAAGUUUUACUCAAUAUUCAGGCAACAAGUGGUGAUCCGCCAUCAUAUGGACAUACUCAGGUGAAUAUUGACAUCGAGGAUAUCAACGAUUCCGUCCCAACAUUCGAAUCAAAUACUGUGAGAAUCUCUGUGCCUGAAAAUUUCGAACUCGGCAUGCCAUUAUAUGUUGUCUCAGCAUCAGAUCGUGAUUCAGGAAAAAGUGGCACUGUCACUUAUCGUUUAUCAAACGGUGGCUCCAUUCUCUCGUCAAACUCAAAUCUCGUCACAUCUAAUUCAAUUUCAUCGAUGUUGACAUCAAAUAAUCUCUUCAAUAUCGAUUCACGAACGGGCCAUUUAACAUUAUCGCAGCAUCUCGACUAUGAAACAUCACAACGUCAUACAUUAAUUGUUACAGCAACGGACCAAGGCGAACCGCCAUUGUCAUCGAAUCUUACGAUUUUCGUCGAGGUGCAAGAUGUCAAUGAUAAUAGUCCCGUCUUCGAACGUAAUGAGUACACUAUCAAAGUAUUGGAAUCAAUGCCAAUUAAUUCACAGAUUCUACAAGUUAAUGCAGUUGACCUGGACACUGGGAAUAACGCACGACUUACCUACCGUUUGGCAAAUGCCGCAAAUGGCAAUCAAGCAAAUCAACAGCAAAAGAAAAUAAAUAAGAACAUGAGUGAUUCAGAAGUGCUCGAUUUAUUUGGAAUUUUUCCAAAUAGCGGUUGGAUAUAUUUGCGUGGAACACUCGAUCGAGAGAGUCGAGAUCGAUAUGACUUAACGGUCUUAGUCAGUGAUAAUGGAACUCCAUCAGCAACAGCUACUGCGCGUGUAAUCGUAAAUGUUAUGGAUGCAAAUGACAAUGAGCCGAAAUUUUUACGUCCGGCAUAUGAGUUUACUGUUGAAGAGAAUUUACGACGUGGCGCUGUUGUUGGUGUGAUUCAAGCUAAAGAUGCGGACUUGGAUGUUAAUGCAGCAAUUAGAUAUAGCUUGAUACCCAGCAAUACAUCGUUUCAAGUUAAUCCAAUUUCUGGUGAAAUUGUAACUCGUGAGCCACUUGAUAGAGAAUUGAAAGCAUCAUACGAUCUUGUUGCGGAAGCUCGAGAUCAAGGAACACCUUAUCGUAGUGCCCGUGUAUCAGUGCAUGUGAUUGUAAGCGAUGUCAAUGAUAACAGUCCAGAAAUAGUCGAUCCACAAGAAGAUGUUGUUAGUGUACGAGAAGAACAGCCAGCUGGAACAGAAGUUGUUCGAGUUCGCGCCAUUGAUCGUGAUAAUGGACAUAAUGCAACAAUAACCUAUUCAAUUUUAAAAGGCCGUGACUCGGAUGGCUAUGGCUAUGGAAUGUUUUCCAUUGAUCCAGUCACCGGUCUAAUUCGUACUCGUGUAUCAUUAGAUCACGAAGAGCAUACGAUUUAUCGGUUGGCUGUGGCGGCAACGGAUGGCGGUAAACCACCAAAACAAACAACUCGAGUGCUGAGAAUUGAAGUUCUUGAUUUAAAUGACCAACGGCCAACAUUUACUAGCUCGAGCUUGGUGUUUAGAGUGCGAGAAGACGUGCCAGUGGGAUAUGUUGUAGGUUCAGUUGGUGUCUCAGAGCAUUCCGAUUCCGAUAAUCUGAUAACAAGUGCUGGUGGUGUACAUGUUACAUACUCGCUAACACCACUCACAAAUGACGUUAUUGCGGGUGCAUUUGAUAUGGAUAGAAAUACGGGAUCGCUUGUUGUAGCUAGGAAAUUGGAUCGCGAGAAGCAGAGCGAGUUUCGAUUGGAAAUACGUGCAUUAGACAUAAGUGCAUCAAAUAAUCCACAAAGUUCAGCUGUAACAGUUAAAGUUGAGAUUGCUGAUUGCAAUGAUAAUGCACCAAUUUGGGAACGUGAUCCAAUUACCAUAGAGAUACCGGAGGAUGCGGCAAUUGGGACAUUGAUUUAUAACUUUACGGCAACAGAUGCUGAUACGGGCAGUAAUAGUGAAAUACAAUAUAAGCUUGUUAAGCAAGUGCCAUCUGAUGAACAUGAUACAUUUGCUGUUGAUCCAUUAACUGGCGGAUUGACGCUCUUAACAUUACUUGAUUAUGAGGCACUGUCAGAAUAUAUUCUUGUCGUUGCUGCCACUGACCAAUCAUCAAAUGCAUCUGUACGGUUAACAACAUCAGUAACGGCUAGAAUUAUGAUCAUUGAUAUCAACGAUCAUGUCCCAGCAUUUAUUCAGCCAAUGACUAAAGAUACGGUUGUCUACUUAAGUGAUUCAGCAACAGUCGGUCAAUUAGUUACGCAUGUUAUUGCCGUUGAUAAGGAUAAUGGAGACAAUGGAUUAAUAUCGUAUAACAUCAUUAGUGGCAAUGAGGACGGUCGAUUUAAUAUCGACACCGAGAACGGUUUUAUUGAACUCGCAAAGCCACUAAUUAGAAAAAUUGAGUCACACUCAAAGACGCCGAGCAACCAAAAUAGUGUCAGCAAUUUAAUUAGUGGAAAAUAUAAUUUGGUUAUUAGUGCCAGUGAUCGUGGAAUGCCAACGCCGAAAGAGACGAAAGUUAAUGUAAAGAUAAUUAUUCAGGGAUCAACAAAUAAUCCUCCGAGAUUCCUAGAAAGUGUCUAUUAUGCCAACAUCACUGAGAAUGUUCCACUUGGAAGUUUUGUUGUACGUGUUAAUGCCAAGUCCUUCAAUAUUGAAAAUGGUGGAAAUUUAACAUAUGAAAUUCCAAAAGGCAUUGCUGAUGAUUGUUUUACGGUUGAUCCCCUGCGUGGUAUUGUAACGACGAAAGGUACAUUUGAUCGCGAAACAAAAGACCUUUAUACGGUGCCAAUUUAUGUAAUGGAAUCGAUGACAUCUCAAUUUAAAUCUACCGCCGCGAAUGGUAAUGCUAAAUCUGGCAAGCUCUACAAAUCACAAUUCGAUGUAGCAACAAUUGUCAUUCGUAUUACUGACAUUAAUGAUCAUGCACCUGAAUUUCGUCCGGGCUCAUGCUACCCGCUAGCAAUACCUGAGAAUAGUGAGACGUCUGUGAUACAUCGAGUCGUUGCAACAGAUCUGGAUGAAGGGCCUAAUGGUGACAUUACGUACAGUAUUACAGGUGGUAAUGUUGGCAAUAAAUUCAGUAUUGACAUGCAUACGGGCGAAUUAACAUCACGUCCAUUAGACAGAGAAACACAUUCUCGCUAUUUUCUACAAAUAACCGCACAGGAUCGCGGAACACCCGUUACCUAUCAAGGUCAAUGUAAUAUUUCCAUCAUUGUUGAAGAUGAAAAUGAUAAUGAUCCUCGCUUUGAAAUGGCAAAAUAUGUUGCAGCGAUACCCGAGGACGUGACAAUUGGUACAUCCGUACUGACAGUUAAAGCUAUCGAUGCCGACUUGGGAAUUAAUGCAAGAAUCACAUAUUCACUCGCCAAUGAGACUGAAUGGCUUUUUAACAUUGACAAUCGAAGCGGAUUGAUUACAACAGCCGGAUUAUUUGAUCGAGAACGUCAACACAUUUACAACUUUAUGGUUGUUGCAACGGACGGUGGUCGUUACGAUGCAAGAUCACAGCGUGUGCCAGUUCAAAUAACUAUUGAUGAUGUUAACGAUCAGAUUCCGAUGUUUGAUAAAUAUCCAUUUACAGCACAAGUUGGUGCACUCGUACAACCUGGUCAACAGUUGUUACAAGUCACAGCGACAGAUGCUGAUCAGGGUACGAAUGGUGAGAUUGUCUAUAGUCUGGCAAAUGAUGGAACAAAUAGUAAAUUUCGUAUAAAUCCAACAACUGGUGUAUUGAGUGCAACUCAAAGUCUUGCAAGUGAAAAUGGAAAGCUUUUACAUCUUGAAGUAAUUGCUCGUGAUAAAGGCAAUCCGCCACAACAAGCAACGGGUUUAAUUGAGUUGCGUGUAGGUGACGUGCCACAAAACCUUCCAGUUUUACGCUUCCAAAAAGAUAUCUACAAUGUGACAUUGAUUGAAAAUACACCAGCUGGACAUCUCGUUUCACAAUUGAAUGCCGUACGCAGUGACGGUCGUCGUCAGAGUCAUAAGAUUAUUUAUGCUUUCGGCAGUGGCAAUGAGGAUGAAAUAUUCUCAAUUGACUCGACAAGCGGUGAAAUUCGUGUACUUAAUGCUGAAAAAUUGGAUUUUGAACGUUAUCAACAGAAAAAUACAGUUAAUAAUCCAUCGUCAAGCGGAAGUGGUAUACAUUUAGUUGUCGUUGCACGAAGCGAAGGUGCACAAUCACUAUAUGGAUAUUGUGAAAUUUACAUUACAUUAAAAGAUGAAAACGAUAAUGCGCCACGUUUUACGCAACAACAUUACAAUGCAGCUGUGUGGGAGGGAAAAUCAAAGGGAACAUUUGUGAUGCAAGUGACUGCACAUGAUGCUGAUCAAGGUGCAAAUUCUCGUGUACUCUAUCACAUUGUUGACGGCAAUCAUGAUAAUGCAUUUAUUAUUGAGCCAGCAUUUAGUGGAAUAGUUAAGACAAAUAUUGUUCUUGAUAGAGAAAUUCGUGAGAUUUAUCGACUUAAAGUUAUUGCUACGGAUGAGGGUGUGCCUCAAAUGACAGGCACUGCCACUAUUAGUAUUCAUGUUGUUGAUAUUAAUGAUAAUCAACCAACGUUUCCACCUCGGAGCAUUACUGUGAGCGAAGGAACGGAGCUUGGGACGGUUUUGACGACAGUUACUGCAAAUGAUGUUGACACCAAUCCAGCUAUCACGUAUAGUUUCAUGACCGGUUUUCAUAACAACACAGACUUUGAGGACGCAAAUGAUGUUGCAACGACAAUCUUUUCAAUCGACAAAUUCAGCGGAAAAGUCAUUCUACAGAAGCCAUUAGAUUAUGAGGAGAGGCAAGAAUAUCAAUUGAGAAUUUUAGCAUCGGAUACAGCUCAUGUUGCUCAAACGACACUGACUAUUCGCGUUAAAGAUGUCAAUGAUAAUUAUCCAAUGUUCCAACAAGCUGCUUAUCACUCAUCCUUACCAGAUGAAACAGGAAAUGCCAAUAUAGAAAUAUUGACUGUUAAUGCGACUGAUGUAGAUAGCGAGAAGAAUUCACUUAUCAGAUACUCCAUCAAAAAUUCAGUACAAGGAUUCAUGAUUGGUGAAGAGACGGGAAUAGUUUAUGCAAAUUUAUCAAAAAUUCAAAGACCACUCAAAAGUGAUAUUCAAUUGACAGUGAUUGCAACAGACUCAGGAGUACCGGCACUAAGUGCAACGACAACUGUACGAGUUCACAUCAACUCAAGGAAUCAUAUAAAGCCACAAUAUUUGCAGCAUCAAUACCGUACGACAAUCAAUGAGAAUACACCAAGAGGAACAAUUGUGACAAAACUUUUAUCUAUCGAUGCUGCAGCUGACUUAACCGAACUCAAUGGCAUAUUCUUCGAAAUCAUGUCCGGCGAUGAUGAGGGUGUCUUUGAAGUAACAUAUCCAGAAAGUUAUUUAAUCCUUACAAAUCCAUUGGAUCGUGAAACGAAUGAUUAUUAUCAUUUACGUAUUCAAAUGAUGGAAGUUGGUAUGCAGUCGUCAACAAUGCAUAAAGAGGACAAUUCAAGUAUUAUUAAUGUUUUUGUGUCUGUUGAGGAUGCAAAUGAUGAGAAGCCUGUAUUUCAGGCAAACAAAUAUGAGAUUGAAUUGAGUGAAUCUGUACCAUUGAAGCAUAGCAUCAUGAAAAUUAUUGCCACAGACAAUGAUCAACCAAACACACCGAAUUCUGAGGUUGUCUAUGAUAUAACAUCGGGCAAUGAUUUUGGUAUGUUCUCCAUCGACCUUGUCACGGGUGUUUUAUCUGUAAACAAACAUUUAGACUAUGACACUGGCAUACAAAAUUAUACACUUAUUGUACGUGCAUGUGACUCAGCUGUCAUACCACAUUGUUCAUUACAGCCAUUGUCAAUUAAUCUAAAGGAUGAGAAUAAUCACGAUCCUAAAUUUCCCGUACAUGAAUAUCUUGAAUUUGUCGGCGAGAAUGAGCCGGUUGGUGUCAGUGUAUUUACAGCUCGUGCAACUGAUUUGGAUGCGGGUGAAUAUGGAAAAGUUAAUUACACAAUUCUGCCAUCUAAUGGAUAUAGUGACGGUGAUGACUCGUGGAAGAAUUUCAAAAUAGAUCCAAUCACGGGUGUUGUCACUACAAAUGCCAUUUUUGAUUAUGAACAACGCAAUCGAUAUUUAUUCGACAUCAGAGCUAUGGAUGUUGGUGGCAAAUCGACAAAUGUUAAAUGUAAAAUUAUGAUUGACAGUCGUGAUGAAUUUAGUCCACAAUUUACGGAGAGAACAUAUCGAUUUAUUCUCGGACCGACAUACAAUUUGCCAAUUGGACAUAUUAUUGGACAUGUUACAGCAACAGAUAGAGAUCGUGGUCCUGAUGGACGUGUCGUUUAUCAAUUAACGACACAACAUGCUUACUUUAAAAUGAAUCGAACGACUGGUGCUGUGAUGAUUAAGAAGAAACUUGAUUCAGGCGUUGCAUUAGAGUCUGGACGUGAUAUUAGUCUUGUUGUUACAGCUAGUUCAGGACGACAAGGCUCAUUAACAAAUAUGACAGUUGUGGAGAUUAUUUUUGAUCCACUUGCUGAUCCAGGAACAAAUUUAGCUAGCAAUAUGAACAAUAUGAAUGGAGAUGAUUCAAGUGGAAUUGCUGGAUGGGCUGUUGGACUACUUCUUACAAUUCUCUUCCUUGUAUUAGCAUUUGCUGCCGUUUUUGCAUUUGUACAUAUGAAAAAUCGUCGCCAUAAGCAUGUCGCAAAAACUGGUAUUAGUAAUGAGACUGUUGGAAAUUCAAAUAGCUAUGUAGAUCCAUCAGCAUUUGAUACAAUUCCCAUACGUGGCAGUUCAAGUGGUGCAGGUCAAUUUGCACCACCAAAAUAUGAUGAAAUACCACCAUACGGUCCACAUACAGCAAGUUCAAAUUCUGGUGCCGCAACAACAUCUGAAUUGUCAGCAUCAGAGCAGUCAGGGUCAAGUGGGAGAGGUUCAGCUGAGGAUGAUGGAGAGGAUGAAGAGAUACGAAUGAUAAAUGAAGGUUUACGUGAUGGAAUUCAUGAUGGACGAUUGUCAGACGUGUCUGUUCAUAAUACACAAGAAUAUUUGGCACGAUUAGGAAUCGUUGAUACAGGAGCAACUGGAAAUGCAUCAAAUUCAUCGCGACGUUGCUCUGAGAGUAUGGGACUUGGUAGUACCAAAGAUUCAAUCCUUCAUCAUCCACUUCCAUUACACAUGUUUGAUGAGGAGCCAAAUGAUGGAGAUUUAACAAAUCUUAUAUAUGCAAAAUUAAAUGACGUAACGGGAGGCAAUAGUGAUCGGGCUAGUGAAGCAGAUGAGGCGGGUACGACAGCUGGAAGUAUAGGAAUAGGAACGACAGUAGAUCAUGUAAUGAUGAGUAAUUAUAGUGAUGUUCCAGUAGUUGUCGGACAAGGUCCAUCAAUGAAUGGAUCACUUAGUUCAAUUGUUCAUAGUGAAGAAGAGCUGACAGGUAGUUAUAAUUGGGACUAUUUACUCGACUGGGGUCCUCAAUAUCAGCCAUUAGCUCACGUAUUCUCUGAGAUUGCAAGACUGAAAGACGACUCAAUGUCAGUACAUAGUGGAGCGAGUGCAGCAUCAAGUGCCAAGAGCAAACAAUCAGCUUUACAUAUUAAGCACAUACCACCGCUAAUAACAAAUGUCGCACCACGUUCAGUUCCUGUCCUCUCCGCUCGUGGAAAUAUGUCACAUCAUCCAACAGCACCAAAUCAUUUCCUAUUACCUCGUUCAACACGUUCACCAAUUAGUCACGACACAACGGGAGUUUUUAACACAUCAACAGCCAUGUCACCGAGUUUUUCACCAUCCUUAUCGCCACUCGCGACAAGGUCUCCAUCAAUAUCACCGCAUGUUUCAGGCGGUCAUCAUCUCGUUUCAUUACCUCGUCAACAGCAACAACCGCAACCGCGAAAACAUCAAAUGUAAAUUUAUACAUCAUAAUGUGUAAUGAAAGGGAUUUAAAUUUAAUUAAAAAAAACUCUCGGGCUGUGUUGUUAACAAAAUAUUCCGUAUAAUUGACUGCCUCGAAAUUUGAGGAACAAAAAAAAAAUAAUGAAUGUAAAGACAGAAAAAAAAAAUUUUGUAAAUAUUUUCGAAUUUUUAUUGUAAUAUUUAAGGUUAAUUUAGAAAUUUUAAAAACAAUGCAAAAGAUAAAAAAAUUGUCCAGUGCUAAAAAAAACUAAGUGAACCUAUAAGGCUUUGAUGAUAUAAAAAAGAAUAAUUGUAAAUAAAUGGAAUGCCAAUUGUGCCUUUAGUAUUAUUAAAUGAAAUUCACUCCUCGUUGGUAGUUGCGAUGGUGAGGAAGUGAAAUAAAGUCUUUAGAAAUUAUUGAAAAUAAAAAGAAAACUGUAAAUACUCAAAUUAAUGAGACAUACUUUAAAUGAAACGGAAACUGAGAGUGUAGCGGGUGAUUAUGUACAAAAUAUUUUAAUAUUAUUUCAAAAAAAAAAAUGAAAAUAUUUUCCUCUACUCUUUCGUGAUUCUCUGUGGGGAUGAAUUAGAUUAUUUGGGUAAGAUUUGUUGGAUGUUUUGAGAUUAAAUUGGAAUAUAUUAAAAUAUUAAAAAAAAAUAAAAUUUGAUUUG